CAUUGUAGUGAUGGACAGAAAGGACAAAUGUGGCUCAACAGCCAUUCAGAACAAGCCAGGCAUCCACUACCGGAAGUCCUGUGCCUCCUCAGGCGCGUGUCUCAUCGCCUCCUCCGGCUACCAGCAGUUCUGCACUGGCGAGCUCAACUCCGUGUGCAUCACCUGCUGUGACACACCCCUGUGUAACGGGCCCAAGCUGAAGAAGCGGCCAGUCCUCUCCGCCGCCCCAUCGCCCCCUUGGGCUCGUCCCCUCCUCCUUUCCCCCCUCCUCCUGCUCCCCCUCUCCCUCCUCCUGGUGCACUCUGCCCCCCUCUUCUGCACAUAGAAAUGGCUCGCUGACUCCCUUAACUGGCCACUCCCCCUCUUCUCUUUUUUCUCUCCUUCCCUCGCCUCCUUCCUUUGCUUAUUUCCCUUAUUCUAUCCAUCCUUCUCUUCCUCCUUCUCUCUCUCGCGCUCUCUCUCCUUUCAUCAGCCCAGCUGGAUUGUGACUCCAACUGCCCCAUUUUUGUGUUCUAUAGUGUUUAAGAGCCUCUAAAUAUCCCCACCACCCCCCACCCCCCCAGUAUCACCAUCCCACCCCCCACCCACAGAUUCCCCUUUUCCCAUCAUGCUCCGGGAACUGGAGUGACGAACAGGUGUGGCGGGUUCAGCGGGGUAUUGACUGGGGGAGCGGGGGUGCCCGUGGCAAAGGAUCACUCCCGCUCGCUCUCUUCAGCUCCUGGCGUGAAUCGCCGGCCAAGACGAGACGAGAUGGAGAAAGCAGAUGGAGUGAGAACGGAGGAGAAAGGGAGCAGAGAAGAGGACAGGAAAGAAGAAGGGAGGAGGAGAGCAAAGCAAAAAGGCUCUUGUUCGUCAGACAGGGGUCGGGAAGAUUUUGAUGAAAAAAGGGAAAAUACUGAGCCACCUGGCUGCCUUCCUGGCUGCGUCCUCUGUCUGCCGAUCUAUCUCUGAUCCCGGGCUCAGAUAUGGCAAUGAAACAAACCCAUUUCCCAGUCACAGAACUGAGGAGAGACUGACAAGCAAGCCGACGACAAGGAAGGAGAGUGUGUGUGAGAGAGAGAGAGAGAGGAAGAUAAAAGAAAAGGUGAAAAUGAGAUGGAGAGAUGAAUAUCAUUUUGAUACCUUCAAACAGCGUUCUGAGGCCCGAUAAAAAAAAAAGAAAGGAUAAAAGAAAAAAUUGUAUCUGAAGUUUGUGAUAAGAUGGCAACAUAUGUUGUGUUUUAUUGAAUGGCAUUUCACUUGUGAGUAAGACACCGGUUUUUCUUCAUUUCUGAGAGACUUCAUCCAGUGACACAUGAAUUAUUUGCCCUUCUUCCUCUUCUGUAUUUGAUUACAUAUUGAUCAUUUUUUGGUGCAGUAUAUAUUGAUUUAAAAAAAAAAAAAAAAAGCUAUAAGCAAAUGCACAAAAGAGGCUCAGAGAUGACUGUAAUUAAAUAUUAGUCAAGUCUUCUGACAUCUCCCACAUAAUGUCCCCUGAUACAACACACUUGUACUACACACACAGGCAUGAGAGCUCUCUGAAAAACUUAGUAACUCUACGCACCCUGACUCUUAGCAACAUUUUAUUGCAUUGGUUUGUUGUACAAAACAAGCCCUCACAAUUUUGACUUGACAUUGGAGAGGGAAAGAGAGGGAGACAGAAAGAGAGAGAGAAAGAGUGAGAAAAAAAGAAAGGGAGUGUGGGAGGCUCUUAUAGCCUUUGUUAAACAGAUUGUAAAUGCAUUACCCUGUCAUAGCCGUCUGCCUUGGCUAUUUAUGGUGCAAACAGUAGCAUUAGCGACCGCUCAGCAGUUUGUUUCUAUCUUUGACAAUGGCUAGAGGGAGCCGUAAAGCCCUGAAGAUUUGCACUCAGCAAAUACCACAGCCAUCCACCCGCCCACUACGCGCUAUUAUGGAAGAUAGAGAUGUAAGAAAUGACACAGGCAAUGGUCUCUCUCUCUCUCUCUUUCUCUCUCUCUCUCUCUCUCACACACACAAACACACACUUACUCUCUCACACACUCACACUUAUACACUCUCAACACACUCAUACACACGCAUUACACUCUCACACACUCAGCAGAUAACAUACAUAUCUCAUAUAGAUGAUGUCAGUGGGUAUAGUGUUCCAUCUUUUUGGGAGACCUCAAUUUGCAUCUAUAAUUAGUUUAUCAGUGUGGUCUCUUCUUAGUUUCAACAACAUGAAAACAACUUGUGGGGAAAGUCUGUGGAAAUGUCCAUUUACAGCCGUGAACGUGACAGAGCUGUAUAUAUCCGUUAUGCAGUCAUGUGCUUAUGACCUUUUUUUCAUUGUACACUACUGGCUAUGAGUUACAUACCGGGACUCCAACACACAAUGCAUCAUGCUUAAAAUGUUUGUUGUUCCAUCUCUUCUUCGCAGAAAAAUUCAACAGGAAGGCAGAGAAUGUUCUUGCAAAGGUUAUAUUUAGUGCUGUUUCUGUGUGCUGAUUUUGGAGAGUGUUGACUGCUGUAUGAUGGAGUACCGGUAGCUACAUGAAGCAGACGAGACUACUUAUUACUAAAUAAUUUCAUUUUAGAUAUACAAAGUAAAUGUUCUUUUAAAUGAGUUCUAUUUAAGUUGUCCUUGAGCAAGACAACUGAAGCCGCUCCUUACGGAUCAUGCUACAAUGUACAUUUCUGUUUAACUGUGGUUGAGAAAGGUAUAUCAUACAUAGAUAUCCUAUGGACUCAGACUUUACAAUGUUAUUGACAACUUUCUGAUGUAUGCAGAAAUCACUUUUCUCAAUGGUUGUUUGGGCCAGUCAUGAUCUAUGGAGAUAUAGAAUGUAGGCCUCAAUGAAAUGCAACUCUGUGGUGAAUUUCUGCAGUGAUGUUAUAUUUAUUGUUAAUUUGUUUAAAUAUUUUGUAUUUUUAUGUCAUUGUUAUUAUUUCAAUUGAUGUCAAACUACUGAGUUUACAAAUUAACUCAUGAUAUUUAUGUAUAAUAUGGUGGAAUAUGACCUUGUGGUUGCCAACUCUCAUGCAUUUGGCAUAAGACUCAUGCUUUUAUGUUCUGUCUCAGGGCAAUUCCAUGCAAAACUGCCACGUCCAUAACGCCAACUAAAUACCAUGGCAUUGUGUUGGCGUUAUGGAUGUGACAGUUUUGCGUAGAAUUGCCCCUCAUGCUAUCGAGAUUUAACUAAAACUAACCUCAUUGCAUUUUCGAAGUCUAUCAAUCUCGCACCAACUCUGUAUAGAACAUAACAUAUUCAAGUAGCUCAUACCAAUUUAUUCCUCUGCUGUUCACUGUCAUUGUAGUAACAGACGUACAAACGCAAAACCUUCAUAUCUGUAGAUGUUAUAGUUGUCUGUAAAGAGACAUGAAAAGCAAACUGUAAAAUAGUUCAGCUGAUAAUACUGUUAUAUAUACGUUUAUAUUUUUCCUUUAGCAUUAACAGUUAAGUCUCAUAUAGAUAAUAUCAUCAUCUGUGGUUACAGUAGAACAUUGACAUCUCUCUAGUCUUCUCUGGACACAAAAUAUGGCCGCAAAAUAAAGAGAUUUGAUUUUCCGCUUAUUCAACUGAGACAAUCUGUGGUUCUUUGAAGGGAAAGUGUUCUGUGAAGAAGAAAUGCAAAUAAAUAUCUCCAGAAAAUGAAA